AUGUUUGGGUUGGGAAAACUACUCUACGUGAUUGUUCUCAGUGUUAAUGGCGUGGCUGUUUUGAGUGAGGACAGAUUUCUCAACCGAAUUGGCUGGGGAUCAUCUACAACAAGCGCCAGUGCCAAUCAAUUUCAAGCACAGUAUGGAAUGCAAGCCAGUAAUGACGCCUCCAUCAAAGCAAGAUUGAUUACAUUGAUUAGUGCUAUAAGAACGUUGCUAAGACUACCAUUAAUUUUUAUCAACGUUUUGAUUAUCUUAUAUGAGCUUAUUUUGGGUUAA